GGGGGGCGGGAUCCCAGGAAGAGGGAUACAGCAGAGGCACUAGAGAGGACCAGACACUGGGAAGGAGAAAUGGCAGGAACCAGCCUCGGAGCCCGUGUCUAUCGGCAGAUCAAAAAACAUCCUGGGCUCAUUCCAAUGAUCAGCUUCAUCGGCCUUGGCAUGGGCAGUGCUGCGCUCUACUUGCUGAGACUUGCCCUGCGCAGUCCUGAUGUCUGCUGGGACAGAAAGAACAACCCAGAACCCUGGAAUCGCUUGAGCCCCAAUGACCAAUAUAAGUUCCUUGCAGUUUCCACUGAUUAUAAGAAGCUGAAGAAGGACCGGCCAGACUUCUAAACCAGGCUGGGCUGCUAGUUCGAUGAAAACCAUGAAUUGACUUCUUCCACUGCUCCCUCUCAGACUGCAGGGUGUCAGUCUGAGAUCUUGUCUAGCUCUUGCUUACACAGGCCAGGUUCCCACGGAAGAGGGGAGGCAGCUCUACCCUUACCCCCCUCUCUUGAUCCCAGCAGCGGAAGCAACUCUGACCCUUGGCCUCAGUCCCAUGUGGGGGAAGGGAGUCAGGACAGCCAGCAGCUGCUGGGUCCUUGGCCCCAAAGGCCCAAACCAGCCCCUCUACUCAGUUCCCCUCACUUGCAGGGUGUGGCACAGAAUAAGUGUUGAGCGUGGCCUACGUGAGCCAAGAGCAAGCAGGGGCCUCUGAGUGCCAAGUGAGGACGUGGCAGGCCCGUCUGCCUGAACUCUGAGAGUGCCAGGCCUGGGGUGGCGCUGUUCAGGCUUGACUCUGGCUGCCGAGCCUGCCCAGAUGGGACACCCAUGCCAAGCAGCAGCUCCUCCUAUGCCCAAGCCCACUGCCUCCCCCACCCAUAGCAUAGAGCACCUGGGCCUCCCUGUGUCGCUCCCCACCUCUCCCCUCCCUUGCUCCCCUCAGUCCCCUGGGAUCAAACAGAAGCAGCCGUGGGCAAAAUACAAUUUCAUUUAACAAAUUGAA